AUGGCUCCAGACGAUGUCCUCAAGAAGCUGGAAUACCUAUCUCUGGUCUCCAAGGUCUGCACCGAGCUCGAGACCCAUUUAGGUUUCGGCGACAAAGUCCUUGCGGAGUUCAUCACCGAGUUGGGCCGCAACUGCGAGGCCGUCGACGAGUUCGAUUCGAAGUUGAAGGAGAACGACGCCGGGAUGCCCGAUUACUUUGUGCGGACGCUCCUGACCAUUAUCCAUGCGAUUCUUCCGCCAACGCGCAAGUCGGAGAACCCCAAGGAGACCGCCGGUGGUGGUGGUGGUUAUGAUAGGCAAGAAGACGGCAGAGUUGAGAUGGUCCCGAAGAGCACUGGCUCCAACUCCAACGAGCCUGAAUUAUACACUGUAUAUAAAGGCAGGGUUUCCAGAGAGUGGUGA